ACAAAAGUUAUAAAUUCUGAAAAAAUAUUUUACAUUUUUUCUAAACGUGAAAAAUUUGUUAUUCUACAACUACGUUGCAGUAAAUUCAUGUUUUCUGAUAAGCGUGUGGCCAUGACAACAAUAACAAAGAAUGACUGGGUGGUUUUCUUUAUUUAAAUAGAUAGAAAAUAGAAUAUAAAUAUUAGAUAAUAGUAAACACUACAAUUUUAAAUUAGUCAAUUUACAUUUUUUUAGAAAAUUUUUUUUAAAAUUUAACAUAAUGAAGAUUACUGUAACAACACACGACGACCACUUGUUUGUACUCGACGUAAGCGAGGACUUAGAACUAAUCAAUUUCAAGGCACUUUGUGAAGUAGAAACCGGAAUUCCAUCACAGGAAACUGGGCUUACACACAAUGGUCAGCUUUUGGUUGACGAUUUUAGUACGAUGAAAAACUUGGGUGUUCACGAUGGGGAUGUUAUCAUAAUUCAAAGAGUUGCAAGUAGCGCUACUGCAAUGGAUCAUUCAUUUAGUAGUCCCAGCAAUAGUAGGAUAAAUGAAAUAAAUUUUAUUGGACCUUGUAUCUGUAAUUGGUUUUGUUUUUUAGACAUGUUACCACAAUUUGACUUUAGCCGUAUUCAAGUGCCUGGUUCAUCUAAUAGCAACACAGACACUAGCAGACAGCAUCAAAUGCAAGAUGCAGAGUAUGUUAGGAACUUAUUUCUCUCCAGUCCAGAACAAUUAGCACUCCUAAAGCAAAAUAAUCCCAGACUUGCGGAUACAUUGACCUCUAACAAAAUAGAAGAAUUUGCAAAUGUGAUGGCUGAGCAAAUGGAAGAACGAAAAAAGCGCGAGGACCAAAGAAUCAGAAUGAUGAAAGCUCAUCCAUUUGAUUCUGAAGCACAAAAAUUAAUAGCAGAAGAAAUACGUCAAAAAAACAUUGAAGCUAACAUGGAAGCAGCUAUGGAAUACAAUCCAGAAAUGUUUGGAACAGUUGUCAUGCUUUAUAUAAACUGUAAAGUAGAUGGAUAUCCAGUGAAAGCUUUUAUUGAUUCAGGAGCGCAGACUACAAUAAUGUCAUCUGCUUGUGCUGAACGAUGUAACAUCAUGCGUUUAGUUGACAGUAGAUGGGCUGGGUUAGCUAAAGGUGUUGGUGUACAAAAAAUUAUUGGCAGGAUACAUAUGGUUCAAGUUGCAAUUGAAAAUGAUUUUUUAACAACCAGUUUUUCUGUUCUUGAAGAUCAGCCAAUGGACAUGCUUCUUGGAUUAGAUAUGCUAAAAAGACAUCAAUGUUGCAUAGACCUGGAACAUAACGUUUUAAAAAUUGGAACAACAGGGACUGAAACACCAUUUUUACCUGAAAAUGAGUUGCCAGACUGUGGUCGUUUAACUACAUCCAGUGAUCAUGAUGGGACUAAAAAUGAAGAUAAAGAACUAAGAAAAGCUAUAGAUGAAAGCAAAAAAACACAACAAAGUAGUGACAAAAGAAGACGUGAUGCCUACUUUGUCCAAAUUACACAUUUCCCAUUACUUCCAGGUACCAGUAAAUCUAGUCAAUCUUUUAAAGAAACUGAUAUUACAGAACUGAUCAACUUAGGAUUUUCUAGGGAGCAGGUUAUUCAAGAAUUAAAAAGAUUUAAUGGAAAUAAAAACGAAGCUAUGGCUUCCUUAUUUGCAAAAAUAUUAAAAUUUUGACAGUUGUCAGAAGUUUUUAACAAUAUUAAUAUAAAAUAUUCUUCCUCUUCGAGACUGUUUCUAUUUUUCAGUCAAUAUUAGUUUUAAUUUUUCAAAUUUGUAUUUCAUUAUUUUUAUAAUUUUUUGGCUGAAUUUAUGUAUCUUUUGUUUUUAAUUAAUUAAUUUAACAAUACAUUUUUUAAAUGAAACUUAUAAAUACCUUAAGAAAAUGUAUAUUUUUAAUUACAUUUUGUUUCUAUAUAUAAAGUGAUGUUAACCAUUUAAAAUAUUAAUAAAAUCAUACAAAUAAAAGGUAUUUAUAAGUUUCUAAAAAAUUCCUUUCUAGUAAUUUUUCUCCUUGGUAAAAUGUUAACUUCUUUUCAUUUAGAGACUGUAUUUUCAAUAUAAUGACUUUUUGUCUAUCAUUUACACAAUUAUAUAAAUGCAUUAAAGGUGUUAAGUUUUCAUUCGGUUUAUGUAGUCUUAUAUUAAAAGUAAAUAAUAAUAAAUAAAUAAGGUUUGGGAUUAUUAACCACAACAAAGCUAAAAUAAUAUAUUUCAAUAUUUGUAGUUUUUGCAUUACCUAAAAUAUUGUGUUCAAAACAAAUGCAUGAUUGUAUAAAAUAAAAAUAAUUUAAAAAUCAA